GGCGGGUGACGGGGGAUGGUCAGGGAGUGAGAACCGAUGGCGAGAGGCCCAACCCCCCCGCACCUGCUUUCAUGGGAGUUUGGAAUCCGAACCCGCAUCCAGAUCCGAACUGCGCCGCCAAAGCUGGCCCCGAAAUGGGUCGAACCGACACCCAAAUAUCGUCGCACUCUGGACCUGAAUUGUGCACUUCGAGCCCAUCACUAGUAAACACCAACCUUGAUUCAAAAAUCAUGAGGGUGCUAUAAAGGGAAAAUUGCAGGAGCUGGGGGCUUAUGUUGAUGAAGAGCUCCCUGAUUAUAUUAUGGUCAUGGUGGCCAACAAGAAGAGUCAGGAGCAGAUGACAGAGGACCUUUCCCUUUUCCUAGGAAACAACACUGUCCGGUUUACUGUAUGGCUACAUGGUGUGUUAGAUAAACUUCGGUCUGUAACUACUGAACCUACUAGCCUAAAGUCUUCAGACUCUAACAUCUUUGAGAGCAACUUGCCUUCCAGCAAAAGCGGUUCCUGUGGGAGUGAUGAAAGACGGCGUGAGGAAAUCCUACCACCUCUUGCAGUCUCCAGCACUCGUGCUGAAAGAAACGAUUCCAGAGUUUCAACCAGCUCACAAGAGCAGAGAGCCGCUGCUGCCCGGCAGUCUUAUGAAGAUGGAUCUGCAUCCCGCUUAAUGUCAACAGUCAAGCCUCUAAGAGAGUUGUCGCCUUCUGAAGCUGUGAUUGACAUUAAACCUGAACCAGAUGAUCUCAUUGAUGAAGACCUAAAUUUUGUGCAGGAGAAUCCAUUGUUGUCUCGGAAGAAAGCUGUUGUAACUGUAACUUAUGGAUCUUCCCGUCCUACUGCUGAAAUCUAUAGACCACCAGCUAGCAGAAGCACAGACAGCCAUAUACACUUACAAAGAUUGCCACAGCAAGGCAGUCUACAGGGUGGUAGGCAGUUUGACAUGGAAAGCUGCAGGUCUUUGGAAACAAUCCCGCUAUGUGAUCCAGAAGCAUUUGGCAGCUUAGCAGAGUGUUACAGGCCCACCUCCAAACUGAGUGCUGAUAAAAUAAGCAGUGAGGAAGAAAGCUCCAGGAAGAGAAAAUUGCCAGUUAUAAGCUCAGUGGUCAAAGUGAAAAAGUUCAGUAAUGAUGGGGAGGAGGAGGAGGAGGAGGAAGACUAUGGGUUACGAAUAGGAAGUAUCUCCAGCAGUGUGUCUGUACCAGCAAAGCCUGAAAGAAGACCUUCACUUCCACCCUCCAAACAGGCCAAUAAGAAUUUAAUACUGAAAGCUAUAUCUGAAGCUCAGGAAUCAGUUACAAAGACAACCAACUAUUCCACAGUUCCACAGAAGCAGACGGUUCCAGUUGCACCCAGAACAAGAAUUGCCCAAGAUGAAACUCUGUUAGAAGUGAUCCAUGUACAGAGCCGACCUUCCAGAGUGAGCGCCCAGGUUGAGGCAGAAGAACCCGAGGAACAGACAUUAGAAAGAAUUCAAGGAACUCAACAAACGCAGCUCUUUUCCCGACUCCAGACUGAACCGUUAAUUGAAGAAACUUUGCAAAUGACUCAAGAUUAUUAUGACGUGGAGUCUGUGGUCCACACUGAUACUAGAUCAUUUAUUCUGAAAAAACCAAAGCUAUCUGAGGAAAUAGUAGUGCCACAGAACCAGGAAUUGGGAAAGAAGGCUGCAGAGGCAAUGCGGGCACUUUCAGGACGUCUUAUACAGACAAGAGAGCAGCUUGCACAACCAGAAAAGCCUGCUAGUCCCAAAUUCAUUGUGACACUGGAUGGUGUGCCCAGCCCACCAGGGUACAUAUCUGAUCAAGAAGAGGAGGAGAGCUGUAUAACUGAAGGAGUAAAGCCAGUUACCCAAAAUGCAGCUGCAAACAAGGGAUUAAAAAGCUUUCAAGCACAGCAGAUGCAGGUUAUAAGCAGGCAGCUGGAGAGCCCUUAUGUGGAGAUGGAGGAAUUGACUGUGCUGCAGAAGCAAGAGAAAGUGCUUGAGCGUUGCAAGUACUGGCCUGCCUGUAAAAAUGGAGAUGAAUGUGCAUAUCACCACCCCACAUUACCAUGCAAAGUCUUUCCCAGUUGCAAAUUUGCUGAUAAGUGCCUGUUUAUCCACCCCAACUGUAAAUACGAUGCAAAGUGUACUAAGUCAGACUGCCCUUACACUCACGCCAGCCGACGAAUCCCAUUGCCGCCUCCCAAACCAGCACCACUACAAGCACCACCAGCAACCUCCAACAGUCAGCUCUGCAGAUUUUUCCCUGCUUGUAAGAAAAUGGAAUGUCCAUUUUAUCAUCCAAAACACUGUAGAUUUAACACCCAAUGUACAAGACCAGACUGCCCAUUCUACCAUCCCACUAUUGCUGUACCUCCUCGUCAUGCCUUGAAAUGGACUCGAACUCAAACCAGGAACAGUACAUAAGCCCCUGAUAAUCUGACAGUAGAAGAUAAAGGUAAGAGGGAAAGUAGGCAUUAGUAAGCAAUUGUUUUUAAAUAAAGUGAGUUGUUCCACUGUUUUUGAAUUACCAAGCAGUUCAACUGGAAAUCCAAUUUUAAGGAUAAGUGUAGGGAGAAGGCACCAUCUUGAAUCUAUCCUCAAGAGACUUUAUUGUUCUUCAAGCACUCAACACUGCUGCAAAUACUCUGUUGUAAUCAUCUCCCUCCAGGGAGCACCUGUAACUUAUAUAGCAAAGAUAAACCCAUAUAAAUGGUAACUGUGUAGAAAUAGUUUAAAAUCUGUAAUUCAUCUGUUCAAAUGAUAUGAAUUGUUAAACAAUAACAUGAAUGCACUUUUUUUAUUAAAUCUUUUGUAUCUUUUGGGGAACCACAUUUUCACAAAAAUAUACAAAAGAUAUUUUUGUACAAUUAUUUACAUUAGAUAUCAGAAAACAAUGUUACCUACAUAUUUUAAACUCAAAUGUGACAAAUAUAUUCUUGAAUUCUGAAAUUUAACACUCCAGGAAAUUACUUUAUCUGCACAAAUAAUAUUUUAAUCAAAGUUUAGUUCAUAUUCAAAUUUUAAAAAAAAUCUUACUUUAAAAUAUUUAAAUUAAAUCUUCAUAUUUUUGCAUAAAUUAACAUAAAACCUACAGUAUUGUAUGAUUACAGGGAAUAGAUGGCCAUGGCCAAAACCAAAAUGAGAGCACACUUAAAACCAUGAUCCUUAUUACAGUAAUACAUGAACAUACACCUUUGGACUAGUUUAGAGUACAUUUUUUGGUUAAAGCAUGAGGGAUUGUCUGACAGACACCAUAAUGAAACACAAUCAAUCUAAAAAGACAACUGGAUCAAUGAUUUUAAGCUUAAAGAACUUCAGUAAGACAUUUUCCUAGACUAUUGAGCAGAGGAGCAUAGGAUGAAGAACAGCACUGAAACACUGAUUUCCAUCCCUUCUCUCCCCUCCCCGAAAUGAAAGGUAAAACUGCAAAUGAAAUUUUUUUAACAGAAUUUUUGAAUACAUCCAUUAGCUAGCUGCACUGUUCAGAAGCAUCGUUUCUUUUUGGGUAUGAGACAAAAGUGAAUCAAUCAUGAUAGGGCAGCAAAACUGAUUAAUUCCUACACUGGUUUAAUUUCAACGGCUUUGAUGUCUAUCACCUACUGCACAAAGAUUAGCAUAAGGCAAUCUGCUGAUGUGCUCCACUAAUAAAAACAGUAGGUGACCAACCCACAAAGUCAAAAAAAUAUUAAUUUUAGUCUAAGGGGAAUUUUUUCUGAGUGCCAUUUAGAUUGAUUUUACAUUAUUUUAAAUAACUACUGUGGUCUUGAUCUUAUUUUUAUGUAAAACUUUACAUAAAAUGUACAUUUUACCUUUCUUGAUGCAUUAAUAAUGCAGCUUUUCCAUUACUUAGUAUAUGCUGUAAACUCGGAAAUGAACUAAAAACAGUUAAACAAUGCUCACAAGUACCAACUGUUUGUUCGUGUUAAAAUUAUAGUAGCUAUUUGAAGCCCCAAAAACACAACACUAGUAAAGGAAAAGUAGGCUAGACCUAUGGAAAGCAUUAUCCAACAGCACCAAGAAUUUCACAAAGGAGUAGUAAACCAGCUUUAUCAUGCAGUUUGUGUCAGUGGUGACACUUGGAGUUUCUUUAUAAAAUGAAUUUACUACAGUUCCAAAUAAGCAUGUCCUGGAUAUAAUACACGUUUGAAACAAUUGUCGAACUGUAGAAGUGCCAGUCACCGUUCCAUAGUUAUGGCUGAGCAUUAAGUUUUGUGUUUUAAGUCUUGUACUGAAAGUAGGACUGCAGCCACUUUUAUUACGUAGGACGAUACCAUGUGUCUUCCCAAAAUUACAGCAUUUUCCCCUUU